CCCGGGGCUGGGGCGGUUCUGGCGGGGCUGAGGCGGCGGCUCGGGACACCGCCGGCCCAGGGUGGCCUGUGCCCUCGGCGCGGGGGGCGACCAUUGUGAAGGGGAGCCGAGGAGCGGGAGAUCGCCCCCGGGCGAGCAGCGCGCAGGUGGCUGUAGCCCAGCGCUGAUGGUCAGGGCUCGGUCUGCUCGUUUGGCACGGCCACAGAGACCUCCUAAACGCUGAUCUCCGGUGUCUGUCUGCUUACAGGAAAUAAACGGGCCCUGAUGCAAGGAAAACGAUGAAAUUUGGUUGCCUUUCCUUCCGGCAGCCCUUUGCAGGGUUAGUUUUAAACAAAGUCAAAACAGUAGAGACUCGCUGGCGUCCCGUGCUCGCCGGCUACAAGAACUGCACCGUUGCUAUUCAUAUAGCUAUUAAGGACUGGGAAGAUGAAACCUGGAGAGAAAUCCUUUUGAAUAGGUUUGGUAUGACACCGAAACAAGUGCAAGAUUUGUUGGAUAAAGGGGAAAAGUUUGGCAGAGGAGUUAUUGCAGGAUUAAUUGACAUUGGAGAGACAUCACUAUAUCCAGAAAACUUACCUCCUGAAAAGAUCCUGGAGCUGGAAAACAAAGCUGUCCUAAGUAAUCUAGAAGAGAAAUACUUGACUGUUGUUUCAAAUCCAAGAUGGCUCCUGGAACCGAUUCCUGCCAAAGGCAGAAGAGGUCUGUGGGAGGUGGACAUCCCUGAAGAACUGAUCCCUUCAGAAGCGUAGGUGUUGCCCCUCACGAUUAUUUUUCCUGCCUAAAUACGAACUUGUUAUUGAUGAGUGACCAUCUUGAAUACCAGUGAGUUGUUUAGGAUUCCCUUCCAAAACUAAUUGUUUGAAAUAACAAAUACAUUUGAAGAACUGCUCUUUUGAGGAAAAAUAAACAAGAUGUAAUUUUUCUCACCAUUA